AUGUCGGUGACAAAGCCCCAGAUUCUCCUGCUUCAACUCGGCGAGGCGUAUGAAAAAGAGAUCUUCGACGACCUUUACUCUGGCCUUUGCACCGAGAUUGAGGAGCACUACACAGUCAUCAAGACCAGUUCCUUGACUACGGAGCAUCUGGCCCACUCAGAAGCUAUUGUUGUCACCGACGGUGGCCUUUCCAGAAAGAAGCACAGGACAACCAUCCAAAUAAGGCUUUCCGAGUAUGCCAAAGCUGGCGGCACAGUCAUUCUCGCCUGUUUGUUCAGCAGCUUCGUUUCCGGACCCGAAUUUGCCGGCAUGUGCCGGAGUAUGAAUCUGCCUUGGGACUGGGGAGACUAUCACCGCACAGUCUUUGCGUUGAAUCCUGCUUUCGCAAAUGUCUUUGGCAACGAGGCUUUCAAGACGCUCGAGCAGUCAUAUAGCAUGAAAGCUGUGCACUUGGGCAAUGUUCACGCUGCCGACAAGGUCUACGUCCCAACCGAUCAUUCGCGGGUUCAGUCUGCUGUCUUCCCGCCUGACAGGGUUGACACGGCGCAGACUCCAGCGGUUUGGCAGAAGCAUGGGCAGGGCCACAUCGCCUACAUUGGUGAUGUGAACAACGAGAGUGGCUCUCAAGCUCUGAUUAUGGCUAUGCUGGGUAUCGCCGCAAAAGGGGGCCCACGCCAAGCCGUGGCAGAUGAAAACGCCGAUCUCCCAGCUCUGGUGUCCGGCUGCGAGAUGUGCGAGGGCGGACUGGAAAUAUCACAAGGCGCAUUGCCAGAGAGCAGCAUCAUAGACCGCGCACUGAUCGUCGAGUACAUGUGUACUAUGGCCAUGUGA